AUGUCAGCAGUUCUCGAGGCGAAAUUCAAUCCUCAAGCACUUCCCUUCUCACAAGAUGGCACCGGCAGCCUAGGCAUGCAAUCUAGAUUCUCUACACGCUACCUCGGCAAGCACACCGAGAAGAAUGCCAGCCAGGAUCAUCUGGCGAAUCAUGAGAACUGCUCCUUGUGGCUUAGAAACCUGCCACCCAACAUCACCUAUGCCGAGCUCCUCGACACCAUUUCUGGCAUUGGUCGCGUCUGGGCCACCUACAUCAAUAGGCCUGAUGCAAGGCACGAUACCGCCGCCGCCAAAGUCAUCUUCUUCAACCCAGAAGCUGCAGCAAAGUACCUGAAACACAUCGAGUCGACCAAUCUUCAAAUCCGAGGGCUUGCCGUCACAGGUGAGUACAACCGGGUCAAGAUCCCACGCCAGCUAUCAGGAGGUCCGCAGGCUUCUAGAGUUCUUGUCAUAACUGGCCACGCCGACUUUGUGAACAAGGAUAGCUUGACCAGAUUCUUCGGGGACCUGAUUCAGUUUCACACCGACCGGGUUAUUGAGCGGUUUCGCGUCGGCACGCGGGCAGUGAUCGAGUUUCGGUUUGGAAGCUACCGCUCCCAGGCCCAGAGCGCCAAGACAGCACUGGAAAGGAACCAGCCGAGCGGUCUUGUGUGUGUUCGGUAUGGCCUGGACCCAUGUGAGGUGGGAGAGACACCUUUUUCUAAUGAGCCUGGCAGCGAGUGA